GAGUAUUGAAUAGUAGAAGGAAGUACUUCUUCCACGUGAUUUUUAUAUAAAUAGGCUUCUUUUUUUUCUCCAAUUGCAUUACUUUCCAUGAUGUACUACAUUGUACAGAUAUUAGUUUUGAUUUUGCUCUCCAAAGUUCAAAAUGCCCGGUUUCAAGUGAUUCAAUUGGAAGAGGAGAAUGAUGUAGAAAAUUUCGAAGAAACAGAGAGAAUAGUCAAUGGAAGAACAGCAGGAAAAAAUGAAUUUCCAUUUUCGGUAGCCCUCUUCUAUCGUGAUCGAUAUGUGUGCACGGCAUCUAUCAUAUCAGAAAGAGAUGUUCUAACAGCAGGACACUGUGUUGUAUUCAACGGAAUUGUGCAGAAUCCUGAGGAUUUCAGUGGUGUUAUUGGCAACGUGAAUAAGGAAUCGGGAACGAGAAUUAAGUUCACGAAUGUAACGCCACAUCCUCAAUACGAUAAUCUCAUGAAUGACGUGGCUGUCCUGACCGCAGCAGAGCCCAUAAGGUACAGUGAUGGGGUGCGAGCUGUCUGUCUUUCAACAACGAAAAAGAACUUAUGCCUAAAACCGGUUACUUCAGCCGGUUGGGGAAUCACCACAAGAGACACAGACGUCACAGUUACUCCUGACAACCUGCAGUAUACCAAUCUGCGUGUUUACCCGAAUAAAAAGUGCGCUAAGCUCUACAAUACAAGAAAAGUGCCCGAUUCCAUUAUGUGCGCUGGAGCACUGAAUACUGGUCUUUGCUCAGGUGAUUCCGGAGGACCCCUGGUGAUGAAAAAGGGCAGAAAUGAUUAUGUGCAGGUGGGUGUAGCGUCAUUUGUCAAUCAGAUAUUCGGCUGUGCUCGUCUUCUGGGUCCUGCAGGUUUCUCAAGAGUUUCUCAUUACAUAGAUUUCAUCAUGAGUAAUGCCAAAGGAAAGGUCUGUCUCGAAUGAAGACAACGGGAAUUCAAAUUUAACUGAAUAAUAAAUUGCUUUUUCUUCCUA